UUAAUGCGUAUUCUCUUUUUUCUUCUCACACGCACAGCACACAGUAGUGCGACAGUUAUACUCCAAAAUCUCGCCGUCGGCCCCCAUUCCUUCUCUCUCCUUUCCCCGCCUAGUUUGUCGCCGGCCGUUCGUAACGGUCAUAUUUCCGAUCAUUUUCUCUCUCUAAAACUCCCUGUUCGAGUCUUUCUUUAUCUACUCAUAUACACAUGCACUCAAUCUCACUAUAAUUUCAUUUCUGCACAUUUGCAUAUUUCUAGUUGUAGUCAAUAAAUUCAGCUUGAGUUUGAAGAAUUAGGGUUUCUUUUGUGUCAAAUUUUGGAGACGGAGAUGUGAAGAUUCUAGAAUGGUGACUGCAGUGUCAAUGAGUUGUCAGAAUCCGAAAAGGCCGCCAUUGCUUCGUUCUGAAGCUGAAAAUGCGCCUCAAAGAAGACCGAAAUCGAGAGAGGUUACAUCUCGGUACCUAUCGACAUCAUCUUCAUCUUCUAUCUCAACAACGUCAUCUUCGAACACAAGUAGUUAUUCAUCAUCGUCGGAGUCGAUCGCAUCACGGCGGAGUCAAUCACCGAUGGUAACUCGUACCGUUGCAACGCCGGUUCAGAAUUCCGGUUUGAUUAAGCGGUCGCAGUCCAUGGACCGGAGACGGCCAACGACGCCUGUGACAAGGGAAAUGUCUACUGCGGCAAAGAUGUUAUUGACCUCCACAAGGAGUUUAUCGAUUUCGUUUCAAGGUGAGUCGGUUUCAUUUCCUGUUAGUAAGAAAAAACCUGCUCCUACUAGGUACAAUUUGAGUAGUGCGAGGAGAGGUACGCCGGAGCGGAGGAAAGCUGGACCGGAGUUAGUUACGCUGGCGAAGGAUCGGGCAGAGAACUCAUUUUUGAGUGAUCAACAACGGUGGCCGGGGAGAUUAAAACCGGUGAAUUCAAGUUUUCUGACUCGAAGCUUGGAUUGUGGCAACGAAAUACGGAAAUUUGGAUCCAGAAGUGUACUUAGGUCAUUAUCAAAAUCAGUGAUUGAUGACAAUCAUGGAGUUAAAAUUGAAGCUAAAUUGAAACCACAAUAUGGUAAUGUUGUUAAGCUCAAUGUGAAUUCAGAUAGUGAAAGUGUUUCAUCAGGGAGUACUUCAGGGGUCUAUGAAGGUGGUAAUGUCGCUCAAGGGCGAGGCAGUUCCCGUGGUAUAGUUGUGCCAGCAAGGUUUUGGCAAGAGACUAGUAGCAGGAUCCGAUGCGGGGCAGAACCUGGUUCACCAGUGUCCAAAAAUAGUGGAUUGAAAACAGCGGUUCCUUCGAAACAAAUGUUUAAUAGGAGAAAUUUGAUUGAUAGUCCCACACCCUCACCUUGGGGUAUGCCAGCUUCUAGAGGUUUUGUAUCUCCUCUUCGAGGAGGGGGAAGACCAGCUUCACCAGGUACUGCGGUGGAGCUAUCCUCAAAUUCUCUAUCAAGGGGUAUGCAAAGUCCGACAAGAACAAGAAAUGGUGUUACGGGUACUCCAGCUUCUAGAGGUUUUGUAUCUCCUCUUCGAGUAGGGGCAAGGCGAGCUUCACCAGGUAAGGCAGUGGCACUAUCCUCAAAUUCUCUAUCAAGGGGUAUGCAAAGUCCGACAAGAUCAAGAAAUGGUGUUAGGGAUACUCCAUCCACAAAUUCUCUAUCAAGUAGUACGCAAAGUCCUACAGGAAUAAGAAAUGGUGUAAUGGCUACACCAUCAACAAAUUCUCUAUCAAGGGGUAUGCCAAGUCCUACAAGAAUAAGAAAUGGUGUUAUGGAUACAAUACCUAAUAAUGCUUGCAUAAUGCCUUCAAGUUUGAGUUUUUCUGCCGAUGCGAGAAGAGGAAAAGCUGGGGAGAAUCGUAUCAUUGAUGCACAUGAACUGAGGCUACUGAAUAAUCGGCAAAUUCAAUGGCGAUUUGCCAAUGCUAGAGCCGAAGCUGCUCUAAUGGCACAGACAGAGACAUCAGAGAGGAACCUGUACAAUGCAUGGUUGGCCACUUCAAAAUUACGGCAUUCAGUUAUGUCCAAAAGAAUCCAGCUGCAGUUGUUGCAACAAAAUGUGAAGUUGUAUUCCAUCCUCAAAGGACAAGUGCCAAGUUUGGAGAAUUGGGAUCUGACUGAUGGAGAUCACUCCAAUUCCAUGUCAGGAGCUAUAUGUGCUCUGGAAGCAAGCACUAUCCGUCUUCCUGUUGUUGCAGGGGCUGUGGCAGAUGUUCAAAAUGUGAAAGAUGCUAUCUCUUCAGCCGUUGAUGUGAUGCAGGCAAUGGCAUCCUCCAUUUGCUCUUCCCUGUCAAAGGUUGAGCAGGUGGAUUUGUUGGUACAUGAGCUUCAAAAUGUAGCUGGGAACGAACGUGCUUUGCUUGACCAAUGUAGAGAUCUCUUGUCAUCACUGACAGCUGUACAGGUGAAAGAUUUUAGCCUGAGAACACAUUUAUUACAAAUGAAACGCAUGGUUUCUUGCUCUUCAACAGAAGUAAAAGAUGAUUAACUUCCUGAUGGAAAUGCUAACAUUACAUGAAACUCUUCUUUUCAAGCACAAGGCAAGUAACGGUGAUUAACAUGUGUAGAAAUUUGGUUUCGUUGUAGCUAGAGUUACCUGCUUCAGGUUAGGGGAAUGCUUUUCUGUAGAUGCGUUCUGUGUGCAUCUUUGGUAGGGAAUUGCCCUUUUCGUGUUUCGUAGUAGCUUGUACUCAGGUUUAUAGUAUCUCAAACAUGUGUAUAUGUGUAUAUAUGUCGUCUAUGGUUAAAAGUCCUAUGAACAGGUUCCAUAUGAAGUGAAAAUUUGCAGAAACGCAUUUCGGAAA